AUGCGGCAUGGAUUUGCCACGCUCGUGCAAAUACUCAGGAUCCAUAGCCAGGCAUUUGAGGCAAAUCCGACAACUCUGAAGACCGUGCAUGAAACAGCAGCAGUUGAAUCACUGGAGGGUCCCGCUGAAAAAACAAAACCAAACAUGGGAAUACCAUGCUUGACCAUUCGCGACUCUCCAGAUUUAUGCUUCCGAGCUGUUUAUCAGGACUUCAGUGGUUGCAAAAUACUGAACACCGAAACUCUGUUGCAACUUGCCACUCGAAUUGCUUAUUGCAAGGCAAGCCACUUAUUUGUCAAUUUCGAAGUACGCACGACGGAUCGUUAUUUGUUGCCUUAUACAAAUCGGGAUUUAUUUCAAAUGACUCAAGUUUGUGAUGAACUUUAUGUUAAGCUGGUACCAUCGCUGGAUGUGCAAGCAAGCUAUAUUGAGCCAUAUGUGCUGCGCCGCGUUCUUGAAUGUUUUAUGGAUGAUUUUCCCCUUACAAAAGUUGUGCAUUUUGGCCCAAAUUUGGCAAAUGUGCUUAUUUCAAAUCGUGAUAUCCUCAACAGUGUGCAGACACGAGUUCCAAGAAUAUACCUCUCGCUGGAAAUUAAUGAGAACAAUGCCUCAAUGGUCAAUCAACUGCCACCUUUUGUCACGCUUUGUGUGGAGGGCCGGUAUCCAUUUGAAGCAGAGAAUUUGCUUUCGCCGCGACUCAAUGUUGUCCUGCGAUUUUCAACAAGCGAUCCGGGUUUUCUUUGUGCUGCCCCGGAAUCGAUCGCUAAAAAAGCUGUAUUGGCUACCAAGUUGGGCGACAAAUUUCCUGUACUAGGUUAUUUAUUACAAUUUUUCUUUUGCCAAUUGUUUGAUGUAUGCUGGUGCGUUUGCAUAGUGAUAAGUGACGGUACGCUCAGGUGCGCAGGUAGGGGGAAAUGUAAUGACAGGGAG